CUCUGCUAAAAUAAUGUUUGUCUUUCUUUUUUCCCAGGCUAACGGCCUGAAAGAGGGUGACUACAUUGUUUCUGUAGGCGACACAGACUGUAAAUGGAUGGGCCUGAGUGAGGUGAUGCGGUUGUUGAAGGACGUGGAUGAAGAAGGGAUUGACAUCCAGGUGGUCAGCACAGUGGACAGCAACUCUCCGAUGCCUACAAAGAGUGCCACCUUCUCAGGAAACCUGCCUAAGACUUACUCCAUGAUUUGCUUGCCCUUGGAUGAAGAAGAUAAGAACUCCAAAUCACGCAAAGUGAGCAAAAAGCCAUCUUUCAUCAGCUGGGGACUGAAGAACAAGCUGAAGAGUGCGAGCACGCUCAGUCUUCCCACAGCGGAAUCCUCUGGCACACUGCCCUGGAACAAACCCUGUCCCACGUUCCCCGUUUCCAGUUCUUACAACGACAGUGCCCUCUACUGAGCUUACUACAGUGGUUUCUUUACAGUAUGUAUUGAGCCUACUCUGACUACACUACAGUAUCAGUCCUGUGCUGUACC